GAAGUGUUUUUCUACAACUAGCCAGAGGCACUUGCUUUAUUUUUUUCUGACUCAUGAAUUGCAUCAGAUUAUUAGAUGUGAAAUUAAUUUAGGCACUGUGGAUCAAAAAACAUGGUGAUUCCAUUGAAAUUUGUUAGGAUCAGUAGUAUAUGUUAACUUAAGCAUCUUAGUUUGGUUUGCUAGUUUGGAUUGGUUGGGUGGUUUAUACAUAAUCCGAGCUGCUCUUGCGUUUAAUGGAGAACUGCAUUGCCCCCUGAAGUGAAGUUUCCUUCGUUAAACAGCCACUACCAGAUUAUCUGGGUGAGACCUACAGUGAAUUCUACUGUUGAAUAAUCAGGCUCAGUUUAGCUUUCAUCAGAGUUGUCCCACUGCAGUAAUUUCUGCUGAAAGCUGAGUAAAGUCAGCCCUGGAAAGCAUUCCAGGCCUGGGGAUGGCUUGGGGAGGAUGUUGGGUCCUGAGUGCAGGUGCCUGAGUCUGAGUAGUUAAGUGUGUGCAGUCUAGCUAUGGGACCUUUCUUCUAAGCGGGUUUCCUGGCUCCAGACCUUUGGGGAGCAUACCACUUCUCUAUAAGCAUAGCUAGAAAUUUUCAGAACUGGUUUUGUAAAACCACUAAUAAGACUACUUCACACAAAUGGUUGAAACUAAACAUUUAUUUUUCUAAAUCAUGCAGUUACUGAUUUAGCUUGUAAAUCUUUAGCAUAACUCAGGGUGGGUUUUUUUGGUAAGUUGCUUACAGUGAUAUGGACAUUAAGAUUUAUGUAAUAUAUUAGCCUACUAACUUAAACAUGGUUUGUUUUUUCAGACAACUUGAUUUUAAGAAGAACGGUACAGUGUAAGGUUUCAAGUCUGCCUGAUCCAGUUUAAAGCACAAGGGCUAAAAGGAUUUUUUUUCCUUAAAAGAAGGAUUGGAAAAGAGCAAAUGUUUUAAGCUAUUGUAUUAUGUAAACAGAGAUCCCACCAAGAAAGUGUAAAUAAGAGUCAAGUAUCCAUGACAGUUAAGAAACCUGUUUGGUGUGCCUGUUUUGCUAAGAGACCAGAGAACUUGAUGUGUACUGCAUACAAUUGAGUUAUGCAUUUGGUUUCAAAAAACUAUUUUGUGUGGGGAAUAUGUUAUAAUGUGAAUUUUUCCACAUCUUAGUGUCUGCUAGCUUGAAGUACAAGAAAAAUGGCAGUGUUCUAUUAUUGAGCUUGUAUUAAAGCCCUUUAACAUUAAUAAUGUGGGACUACUCUAAACAACAAUUACAAUUUCUUCUUGGUUGCUGGCUGACUUGACCCAAGUCACUGCUCAAACUCUGUUUUCAUAAUAUGAUGGUUUUGGUGUACUCUUCAGAAGACAAGUGUCUGACUUGCGGGAAAAAAAAAAAAAACAGACGUUUAGCCAUUUGCAAACAAAUUGUCUCUUUGCAAUUGUCUAAUAUAUGCACAGCAGCCAGUAGAAUUCCCCUUUUUAUUUUUUUUUCCCCGCAGACCAUCUUGAUUCAAAACAUCUAUCGUAAUCCCCAAAACAGUGCACAGACGGCUGACGGCUCACACUGUGCUGUGAGCGAUGUUGAGAUGCAGGAACACUAUGAUGAGUUUUUUGAGGAGGUUUUUACAGAAAUGGAGGAGAAGUAUGGGGAGGUCGAGGAGAUGAACGUCUGCGACAACCUUGGUGACCACCUGGUGGGGAAUGUGUAUGUCAAGUUUCGUCGUGAAGAAGAUGCGGAAAAGGCUGUGAUUGACUUAAACAACCGUUGGUUUAAUGGACAGCCGAUCCACGCCGAGCUCUCGCCUGUGACUGACUUCAGAGAAGCCUGCUGCCGUCAGUACGAGAUGGGAGAAUGCACCCGAGGCGGCUUCUGCAACUUCAUGCAUCUGAAGCCCAUUUCCAGGGAGCUGCGGCGGGAGCUGUAUGGGCGCCGGCGCAAGAAGCAUAGAUCCCGGUCCCGGUCCCGGGAGCGUCGAUCGAGGUCUCGAGACCGCGGUCGUGGUGGCGGUGGUGGAGGUGGCGGCGGUGGCGGAGGACGUGAGCGGGACAGGAGGCGGUCAAGAGACCGUGAAAGAUCUGGGCGAUUCUGAGCCAUGCCGUUUUUACCUUAUGUCUCCUAGAAAGUGUUGUAGUUGAUUGACCAAGCCAGUUCAUAAUGGGAAUUUUUUUUAAAAAACAACAAAAAAACACAAAGAUGGGUUUCUGAAUAAAAUUUGUAGUGAUACAGUA